AUGGGCAGCACGUCUGAGGACACAAAUGAGCCAACGGAUAUUUAUGACUGGAUGGUGCGAGUGCUCUUCUCCGUUCAAGAAGAGAAUAACACCCGCUUGAAGGCUAGGCGGGCUUCAGAACUGACGGAAGUGAUCAAGUGCAAAUUCAACCGGGGAAUGAUGACAAUCUGGCCGCCAACACAUGACAAUCAAGAGCUCCACGCAAACCUUCAGAAACUUGAGAAAGCAACGGCCUCUACACUCAAGGCCUUUAUCGUGACGGAAGUUUAUGCGCAGGGCCGGGAGCUUUCUGGCCUGUAUCAUCACCCUACCACAUCUGAGUACCGACAAGAUUUACUCUCGGCGAUUGGAGACGUCCGAAGCGGCACAUGGAGAAAUACAUUGGAGGAGGUGCUGCACGAGUUGAUAUUGAGCCUUUUAGGACGGUUUAUGAUCGCGGGCUCGCUACCCGGUCAUGACAGAAUAUCAACUCUAACGGGUCAGACGUUCGAUUCACGGCUCUCACCUUAUGUGUGGGGUUUCACCCUGAGCUCAGGUUUCAUCCUGAGAGGUUGGUCUGGGUUCGCCAACCAUCCCAUGGUCGAAUCGGAGGAUUCGACGUUCCUAGUUCCUAGUUCGAGUUCCGAGAGCGUGAAUACCUGCCGAGGGUACCUGACUUGCAAACCCACAGGCUUGGGGGGGCCUGCCGGGGUUUGGGGUUCAGAAGUACUGCUGUCGAGACGCCAGCUUCCCUGA